UCAUGAAUCAACAAUGAAUUUCAUUAUGCAACAGAUAUUCUAUAAAAGCUGCCACUUGUACUAUAUUUUUACACAGUCUUACCUUUUGGACCGUUGCUAAUAAUUUGGUGGUGCUGCUUCCUAUGAAGAUGCUCUCCAUUUUUCUCCUUUGCUGUUUUAUUGUUAUUGCUUCAAGUGAUGGUGCUGUAACUACAAAGAAGAGAGAUCUAACUGCUGUCACUGACUGGUUGCACAAAAUCAGCAAGAGGCAUAGCUCUCAACUGGAAGUACGUCAAGACAACACUGCUUGUUUAAACCAGCUUCAAAGCAACUAUCCCUCCUACUGCAACUUUACAGAGCUUUCAGGUGGUCUCUCAGAUCUUCCUGCUUCAUCUCUCACUGAUGCUCAGCUCACUGCUCUCAACAAUGCUUACGCUCGAAUUUGUGUCUCAGCUUGCAUCGAUCCAGUUGAAACCUACUACAACUGUCUACAGGCAGUUAAUAAGGAUUAUGCCAUUACCUUGAUUCGUCAAGGUGUCUGUGGACAGGAGAGUGGAGACUAUUGUGAGGUGAGGUACAUAAGGCAAUAUCGUAGAGACAUUUCUGCUUAUGGUCGGCUAGCAAGUAACUGUCCCUCUAGUACAUCUGGUGGAAUAUCCAGCUGCAGUUCUGCUUCCUCCACUUGUCUUGCUGCUGUUAACACAUUCAGUGAUAGGAUGGGUUGCUGUACUGAGCCAUAUCUUGGAUCUGGUGUCAACUCAUGCAGUGGUGUUAGUGUGGAUGAGCCUUGUACUGGAGUAUCCAGUGCUACUGGACUAGUAGCUCCUGUCUUUGUGAUGAUACUCAGUUUGGUUGGAGUUUUGGUCCUCUGAUUUUUUCUUUCCCACUUGUGUGAACAUUUAUUAUUUAACUAGAGACAUGUAGCUUUUGAACAUUAUAACUUUAGUCUUAUAGUUAACUUUAUGUAGUAUAGACAUUAUUUGAGC